AUUGGCUCUAUGAUCUACGACAAGUCUCUGUGAUUGCUACAGCUUUUUAAAUUUUUGAGGUUAGGAUCUGCAUACUGUCUGUGUAUUUGCAAAUUUCCAUUUUUCCGCAAAACGCAAAGUAUUCUUGAAUACAGUACACAAUGGAUAAAACAAGUAUAACGUUUCUUUGCAAUUUAAUCAAAACUGUGAUUUUUUGAAAAAUUAUUUGUGCAUAGCUAAUAAUUUUCUAGAGUCAAUUAUAGUGCAAAAACAAAAUGAAAUUUCGUGCAAAAAUAGUGGAGCCUAUGUGUAUGAGACAGUUUUCAAGUAUUGUUCUUACCCUCUGCAAACUGUCAAAGGAGUCUGUUCUCAAGCUCACUUCAAACAAACUGCUUUUCAUUAUCUCUGAAGAUAAUGCAGUUCCUAGAAGAACAAUGGCAUGGUGUGUUAUGGAUAGAAAAAACUUCUUCAAUGAAUACACCAUUGAUGGCCAAGGCGAUGAGAAUGAAAUAAAUCUUCAGUUGUCCAUGGAACUACUUGCCAGCUCUGUAAACACAUUCAAAGCUGUCGACUCAGUAAAAUCCGUCAAACUGAAGUUGACUGAUAAGAUUACUCCAUGCCUUACAUUCGAAAUAGAAUUGAUCACGUCUAUAGGACACAGCAGACUGUGCGUGCAUGAUGUUCCAGUGAAUGUGAUAACUAGAGCUCAUGCCGAAGACUACGCUCAACAACCACCUACACAUAACUAUGACAUAAGUAUAGAAAUGCCGAAUCUCAGGAAACUUCGAACCAUAAUUGACCGCUUAAAAAAGUUGGAUCAUUAUGUGGUGGUGAGUGCUCAAGGAUCGGGUCACAUGUGUUUCAAGGUUGAGACUCACAAAGCUACUGUAUCAACAUUCUUCACUGGCUUAAACGUUGACAAUUGCUCCAACGACUUGGAUGACGUUUCAAAUGUUCGCGUCGACAUCAGGAAGCUGUCGCAUUUUUUGGUCUGCGAACAAAUCCAUCCCGAUAAAGUGACCUGUCACAUCCUCAACGGACAUCUUAUUCACCAGCACCUGAAACAGUACGAUGUUGAAAUCAACUAUUAUUUGAUGGCUGUUGAUGAGUGAAACUCAACAUGGCUGCCAUAAAAGUUACCUCUCGUAAGUCUAAUGUAAGUAUCUCGUCAAUUCGAAACAUCAAUGAAAAAAAAACUUCAAAUAUCAAGUACAAAGUGGUGUAAACAAACUCUCAACCAUCAGUAAGUCAUCGUCCAUUUACAUCCCAUGAACAAUCAUCUUCACUUAACUUUUUUAUGACCCCAAUUUCGGCUAUAGUGAUAAUUUUCACUUAAUUCUUGAAUACUUGUUGUAAUUCUGUGUAGAAUUAUUAUGAUUUAAAAAAAAUGAAGAUGAAAUAUGUAUGACAUUACUUAUUAUGAAACACUGUAUUUCAUUCUAUUCAAUGAAUAGUUAAACUCCUAUUUUCAAUGUAAAACAGAACUCGGCUUAGCUUGAUUCAAUACUAUGUUGAGGUCCUCAACAUACCGUACCUCAAUAUACAAGUAGGAUCAGUAAUGUAAGUCUAAAACGUUGUGCCUUUCCAUGUAGAUAAGUAUUUCUUGUAAAUAUUAUUCAUUUGUUAGAUUUGAAAUAAAAUCAGUACCAGCAAACUGA